GCGCCAGUCCGCGCCCGAACGCCACGCGCGCGCCACGACGCGCUCAGUGCUGACACCUCGAAAGCCUCACUAGAUACCUGACACCAGACACUAGACUGUAGACAUUUGUGACAGUGACACUGACGUUCAGUAGUGAUAUGUUAAGCAGCCCUUUUCAUGUAAACAAACACGGAUUGUUUUAUGCAGUGAACGGGUAAUCCCCUGUCGUUGACGUACACAAGAAAAUGACUCAGGCAAUGCGGGGGUGGUGCGCGCGGUGGAGCGCGGGGCGGGCGCGCACGCGCUGGCUGGCGGCGCUGCUGUGCUGGUGCGCGCUGGUGGCGCUGGCACUGCCGCGGCUGCACCCGCCAGCGCGCCGGGCCGCGCCGCACCCCGCCCCGCCAGCGCGCCUGCUGCUGCAGUCCGAGCCGGCCGCCUCCACGCCCGCGCCCGCCUCGCCGCCCGCUCCCUCGGGGCCGCUGCCCGCCACCGACACGCGCGUGCUCUCCGAGGACGAGCUGCGCGCCGACGCCGAACGCCGCCUGCCCUCGCUGCCGCUCGCCUACUGGCACAGACACAAGGAUGACAAGAACAAGUUCUACAAGAAGAAGGACUGCGCACCCUUCCCCUCGAUAUACGACCUCGAGUUCCACAACACGUAUUGGCAAACCCUACGCGCCAAGGGCGAGGUGUUCCAUCUGUACGGAGCGUACAUGGACGCACGCAACGCGUCGCGCAUAGGGCCGGCCGUGCGCGUGCUUGCAGUGCACGACCGUAUCAAGCCCACGCUGGCCACGCACUGCCAGCUGUGGUUCGAAGAGCGCGAGGCGCCCGUGGUGGUGCGCAACCUCGAGUACAAGUACGUGUGGAACAGCAAGUGGGGCAACUACCGCGACGGCGUGCUGCAGCCGUACCUGCUGGCGUGCGUGCUGCCCGCCGAGGUGCGCCACCUGGUGCCCGCCUCCGUGUCGCUCGUGGCCAGCCCCUGCGACCGCGCCACCAACAACCUGCGCGUGCACAACGACCGCCCCGCCGCGCCGGAGGAACGCAAGGACUUCGCCGUGUGCGUCAAGGGGCUGGAUUUCCUGCACGAAGACUUAUCAGUGCGCCUCGUCGAGUGGAUCGAGCUGAUCCGCCUCCUGGGCGCGCACAAGAUAUUCUUUUAUGAACUGCAAGUGCAUCCGAAUAUCACCAAAGUUCUCGACUAUUACAAUAGUAUAGGCGUGACGGAGGUGACGCCGAUUACGUUGCCCGGCGGCCAGCCCAACCUGCCGGGCCUGCAGCACAUGUACCUCAAGAAGAAGACAACGCACAAGCGGCAGAUGGAACUGAUUCCGUACAACGACUGCCUGUACCGGCACAUGUACCAGUACCGCUGGCUCGCGCUGCUCGACAUCGACGAGGUGAUCGUGCCGCUAGAGGACGCAGACUGGGCGGGGCUCAUGCGGCGCGCGCUGCCGCUGGCCGCGCCCGCGCCUGGCAAGCCGCCGCGUUCCUCCUACCACGCAUCUAACGUGUACUUCCUGGACUCUCUGCGGCACGAGCACGAGUGGGAGGAAGGCGCGCCGCGUUACCUUCACAUGCUGCAGCACGUGUACCGCACGCGCAACUUCACCAAACCGGGCCAGUACGUGAAGGCGUUCCACGAGACGGAGCGCGUGCUGGCGCUGCACAACCACUUCCCGCUAGCGUGCUUGGGCGGCGCGUGCUCGUCGUAUGCGCUGGAGACGCGGCACGCCCGCCUGCAGCACUACCGCGCCGACUGCGUGAGCGCGCUGAGCAAGGCGUGCGCGGAGCUGCGCGCGCAGCCCGUGCGCGACACUGCGAUAUGGCGGUGGCGCGCGCCGCUCGUGGCCGCCGCCGACGCCGUGCUGGCCGCGCUGGGCUUCGUACCGCCGCACCGGUGACCGCCGCCGCCGGCCCGCCAGCCGCCUCAUACGCUUAGUCUAUUAAACAUAUUAAACACUAGUUAAUAAAUGUAUUUUUAUAGUUUAA